CCCGCAGCCCGGGGGUCCCGCAUGGCGUGUUACCUGGUCAUCAGCUCCCGGCACCUCAGCAACGGCCACUACCGCGGCAUCAAAGGCGUCUUCAGGGGACCGCUCUGCAAGAAGGGCUCCGGAUCGCCGGCAGCUGCCACCUCCUCCCUCCCUUCCUCCAUCGCUCUCCGCACGGACUAUGCUGAGAAGGAGAAAGCUGCAGCUAAGGCUCUGGAGGACGUGAAGGCCAACUUCUACUGUGAGCUGUGUGACAAGCAGUACCACAAACACCACGAGUUUGACAACCACAUCAAUUCCUACGACCACGCUCACAAGCAGAGAUUGAAAGAUUUAAAACAGAGGGAAUUUGCCCGAAAUGUGGCUUCAAAGUCUUGGAAAGAUGAGAAGAAGCAGGAGAAGGCCCUCAAGAGGCUCCACCAGCUUGCAGAGCUCCGGAAGCAGUCAGCGUGCAUCAGCAGGAGUGGCCCCUUGCUUAAAGCCCCCAGACUGGUGGUGGAAAAGCAGCACUCAUCAGAUGGCAUUUUGCUCUGCAAGGGUGGCAAGGUGCCAGCCAGUUCUCAGAGAAGCAGCAGGAGGGAAGGACAAGGUUUCUCCAGCAGUGUCCUAGGCAAACAGCAGCUCAUCAUAAGCAGGCACCAGUCUCCUACUGAGAGAGCCCACAGGACUGGAGGCCACAUCUCCCAAGUGUUUCCAGACAGCACCAACACCUCUCCAAGGGCAGGAGUGUCUUUCUCCUUCUCUAAGAAAGUCCCUUUGAAGCUGGAGUCCUCAGCCUCACUUUUCAGUGAGAACUCUGAAGAGGGGACUGACUGUAGUGAAUGCCUCAGCCAGAAAGCAAAGCAAGCUCUGGAGGGCUGUCGCUCUGGCAUGCUUUUGGAGGAGGAGGGGACAGCAAGCUUGGAUAAAGGGCCAGCUAUCAUGCAAAACCCAAUGGAUUUGGAGAACAGUGCAUCGAGUCAUGGAGCUGCAAAUCCCAAAGUGCCGGACAAUGAUAAAAGUAGUGAUGGAGAAGCAGAGGACAAGGUCAGUGCUCACCCUUCUUUCUCCAAAGCCAAAACACAACUUUCAAACAUGGACUUUUCCGGUUUGCUUCGAGCAGCAGGGCAAGAGAGCAGCCUGCAGGAACCUGAGCAGCUGCCAGCAGCUCUUCCCCCAGCACCAUGCCCAGACAGCACCUUGUGUCCACAGCCCAGCUCCUUCAGGCACAGCAAUGCCCACCUGCCUGGCCAGCUGCCUGAGCUCCUGCAGCAGCCAGUACCUCGGCUGGCCUGUGCGAGGAGCAGCAGUGACGGCGCUGGGGUGAUGCAAAGAGAGAGGCCUGCAGAGAGUUCCAAAUCCAGCAGUGGGAGCAUGGAAGCACUUCCAAGGGAAGCUGAAGAGGUUAAGCCCCAGGCACUGCCCUUCCUCCAGGUGGUGAGCAAGGAUGGCAGCACUGCUCUGCAGUGGCCCACAGAGUUGCUGCUGUUCACAAAGACUGAGCCCUGCAUCUCCUACGGCUGUAACCCUCUGUACUUUGACUUCAGGCUCUCUGUACACCCCAGAGAUGGCAAACAGCAGGAGGCACACAAAGCCAUCUGCAAGGGGCACCCUCAGACUCAGACUGCAGAUGAAAACCAAGCCUCAGGUUUAAUGACCCACAAGCAAACGUCAAACCAAGCAGACUGCCACUUGUCAAAACCAAAGAAGAUGAAAGAUUCCCUGAACCCACGGAGGGCCAAGCAGAAAACUCUGUCAGAUGUAGGGAACGAAGGGGAUGGGAAUGGUCAGAAAUGUAUCCCAGAGUGUUUGAAUGAAAACCCACCCAAAGUGCCUGCUCACCUUGAGGUCUCACACAACGAUGACAUGGCAGAGAAAUGUCUUCAGGCCACAGCGCUAAGCCCUUCAAAGCACCUUGUCCAUAGCUGUGAAGGAAGCAAACAGAGCAUCAGAAAUGAAAGCAUCUCCUUCUCUGCUUUUAUAGCUAGGGUGAGGAAGGCCAAAGCUGCAAGAUGCCCUCUGCUUUAUUCUGAGGAAAAGCCUGGCCACCAGAAUGACUGCAGAGCCCUUCCGGCCAGCUGCAGCAGUGACAUAAGUGACAGCAGCAAAGACUCUGGGGGAAGCUUCCUUUGUUCUAAAUCCACUUCCAGCAGCAGGUGUUCAGAAACUGAAGGAUGUGGAAGUUCCAUGAGAUGCUGGAGAUGCCCUUCUCCUCCCAAGUCCUCCUGUGAGAGGCAUUCCUGCUCUUCUGACUCUUCUGUGAGCAGUACAAGGAACUACCUGAGCUACAUGAGCCCCGCCUCAAACCAGCACAGCAGAGAUCAUCCUUUGGUAUGUUGCAAAAGACAAAGCAAGAGAGCUGGCAGGCAUAGAUGCAGGCACAGAAAGCACAGGUGUGGUGUCCCUUCUGCUGACACAGGUGAGGCUUGGCUGUGUCCCAGCAGAAGUCACAGGAGCAGGAAGUGGGCACAGGGGGGCACAGUUAAAUAUGGAAGAUGCUCGAUACACAGCGUUCUACAGCACAGAGACAGGUCCAAGCACAGCAGGUGUGGGCACCAGCAUUUGGGCAAAGAGCAUAGCAGAAGCAGAAGCUACCAAAGCUCCAAAAGUUGUUCCACCAGAGAUUCCAGAAGCAGUGAGAGAUCAAGUAGCAGAGUAUCAAGAGGGAGCAGUUCAGGAUCCUUCUCCAAAGAGGCUGACAAUGGUGACAACCAAACAAAAGAGGACACAGAAAGAGGUUCCAGCACCAAGCUGGGAGAAGAGGGGACUACACAGGAUGGCCAUGGGAAUGGGCAGUCCAAAGCCUUGGCCACCUGCUCUUCUGAAACCCUGGCAGAGGAUGUGUGUGGGAGAAGAAAGUCAUUGACAGCCCAGCUGCUGCUGGACAGGGUGCAGGCCAAGAAGAGCCAAGAACAGAUGCGUCCUUCUGAAAGGUUGCCAAGCACUUGUGGGGUAGGGUUCAAGGGUCACUCCCAAAGCCACUUUGCUCUCCAGUUUGCCCCAUCAGUAGGUGACAUUGCAGCCUUGCCUUUGCCAGAGGAACUGCUCAGCGUGGCUGCAGAUGACAGGAGGCAUCAGGACACUGGUGUGAAGAGAGGCAGCGCUGAAGCACCGGAGCUCAGGCAUGCUGCUCUGGCACCAGGCACUGACUGUGACCAUUGUCUUCUGCAAGACAUCAUCCAACUAGGAGCGGGCUGUCAGAGCCCGAGGAGGAGCACAGCAAUACAGGACCCACCCCAUCUCUUCUUCAGUGAAGUCCAACCCUUUCUAGAAGGCUGUGAGCAGGUACCGAAUGAUUUCCCUGGUGCUUUCCCCUCCAGCAGAUACUCCGUUGUUGCUCAUUCCAUAGAGACCAAAGAAGAACUUCCUGCUGUGGCCAUGGACUCCAGCCAGGCAGAAGGCAGCUGGGACUCUCUGUGUGGCCGUGCUGUACAGCACUAUGGUGACACAGUCAGUGACAUAGAAGGCUACAGUAAGUCCACGUCCCCUCCCUUAACGCAGCAGCCUGUCACGUUCUCCCCAGAGGAGGUGGACAAGUACAGGCUGCUGCAGCUGCAAGCCCAGCAGCACAUUCAGAAGCAGCUCCUGGCAAAACAGCUGAAGGUUCUGCCCUCCCCAGGCCCAGCUCCAGCAGCUCCUGCCCUCCCCGUCCAGCAGCAGGCCACCGUCACCACCAUCCACCACACGCUGCUCCAGCACUUUGCUGUCUCCGCAUCCCUCCACCCCCAUGGCAGCCACCUCUCUCUGGCACACCUCCACCCCCUCUCCCAGGCACACUUUGUCCCUGUAUCCCUGUCCCCAUUGUCACCAGCCCUCCUUCCCAGCCACCCUGCUCUGCUGGCAGGACACCCGCUGCACUUGGUCUCCAGCAGCCCCCUCCACACUUCCCCACUGCUGCUCCCCAUGCUGCCACACACCGCCUACAUCCCAGCCUUAUUCACACCACACCUGAGUGUAGCCCCAGCUUCUGCUCUGCACCCAGCCCCCUUAGCUCAGCCACUACUCCAAAGCCAAGAGCACCAUCACCACUCCUGCUCCAGCCAGACUCAGCAUCUCCCCUCAGUAAAAGAGGUGUUCAGUGUUUCCAGAUAUCUAACCUAG